UAGUUAGUCUAUGGUUUAUUUGUGUCGAAAAAAAGGUGAGAGCUUCGUCGCGCCGGGGAAAUGAAUGAUUAUUUCAAUUAUCAUGAGUAAACUCAGUAGACGCCUUGUGUAUUAUUUGUAACUGUAAAGUGUACUAUUCAUUGUAUCAUUCGUGCGUUAAAACAUAUCUCUCAAACGUCGGGUAUCGCGAAUAAUGUUUCGAUCCGAACCCUCUGUGACGUCCCGUCUUGCAACCUUGGAGGAUAUGAUUUUGAGAAAAAGUGUGUGUUGAAUAAUAUUUCUUGUGUUUUCGUCCGUGAAAACGUUCGGAGAUAUAAUUUGACUGUGCAGUGUUUGAGAAGGUGGGAUUUCGUUGUGUUUUGGUACAAUGUCCGGUGGCAGAAGUAUCGAUAAGGAGCGCAAGUCGCCCCGCGAGAGCGGCGAAGACUCCGAGGAUGAGAGUGAGAUCCUCGAGGAGAGUCCCUGCGGCCGCUGGCUGAAGCGCCGGGAAGAGGUCGAACAGCGCGACGUGCCCGGCAUCGACGUGGCGCACCUGGCGAUGGACACCGAGGAGGGCGUGGAGGUCGUCUGGAACGAGGUGCAGUUCUCCGAGCGCAAGAACUUCAAGGCGCAGGAGGACAAGAUACAGAUGGUGUUUGAUAACCUCACCAGGUUGGAGCACCCGAAUAUUGUGAAGUUUCAUCGGUACUGGACGGAUACGCAUAAUGAUAAGCCAAGGGUGAUAUUCAUAACGGAGUACAUGUCGUGCGGCUCGCUGAAGCAGUUCCUGAAGCGGACGAAGCGCAACGUGAAGCGGCUGCCGCUGCAGGCGUGGAAGCGGUGGUGCACGCAGAUAUUGUCUGCGCUCAGUUACCUGCACGGCUGCGCGCCGCCGAUCGUGCACGGCAACCUGACGUGCGACACGAUCUUCAUCCAGCACAACGGGCUGGUGAAGAUCGGCUCGGUGGCGCCGGACGCCAUCCACCACCACGUCAAGACGUGCCGCGAGAACAUGACCAACAUGCACAUUAUAGCGCCGGAGUACGGAUCAUCACAAAUGGUGACCCCCGCCAUGGACAUCUACUCGUUCGGCAUGUGCGCCCUGGAGACGGCGGCGCUGGAGAUCCAGGGCAACGGGGACUCGGGCAGCCACGUCACUGAGGAACACAUCGUCCGGACUGUGGAGUCACUGGAGGACCCACGGCAGAAGGACUUUAUAUACAGAUGUAUAAACAAGGACCCGGCGGCGCGGCCGACGGCGCGGGAGCUGUUGUUCCACCCGCUGCUGUUCGAAGUGCAUUCACUGAAGCUGCUCGCGGCGCACACUCUCGUCAAUACUUCAGCGAACAUAUCAGAGACGAUAUCGGACUCGGUCUGCAACCGCGGCGGCGGCGCUAGUGGCGCCCUCGCGUGGUGCGUGCGCGGCGGCGAGACGCACGAACUAGCGGCGGGAGACCUGCCGCCCGCGCCGGAGAAACUCGACAAGUUUCUAGAAGACGUCAAAUACGGCAUCUACCCGCUAACAGCGUAUGGGUUCCGUCAGUGCGCGCGCGCCGCCUCGCCCGCCGAGCGGCUCGCCGAGUCGGUCCAAUCAGCGUCGCCCGAGCCCCGAGACCUGGAGACGCGGAGAGUGGUCAACAUGAUGUGCAGUCUGAAGCCGCAGCAGGACGCGCAGGACUUGCUGAUGACGAUCCUGCUGCGCAUGGACGACAAGAUGAACCGCCAGCUGACGUGCGCGGUGUCGCGGCGGGACUCGGCGCACGCGCUGGCCGGCGAGCUGGUGCAGCUGGGCUUCAUACACGAGUCGGACCGCGACAAGUUGUGCCGGCUGAUGGAGGACUCCCUGCGCGCGAGCUUCGGCCCCGCGCCCGCGCGCCGCCCGCAGCUCGCCAGCUAGUAGCCGCGCGCGCGUCUGCGAUCCUGACGGAGAAGGAAACCACCUACGAAGAGCCGAGCGCAACCGAGCGAGGGUCACCGACCUCCGCCGUCACCUUGCCGCCCUAGUACGAGCCUAGAGAGUUCGCAGACAAACCACGAACAAACGCCUACAGAAGUGCAAGCAGAGGCGCGCGAACGCUCCACAGACUCCUGUGAGCCUAGUACUAAAGCUCCAUUCACGUUCGCAGACGGAGAUACUUGGUGUAGAAGUAUGUAGUUUAAUCUUGUCACUGUAAUAAGUUGGAAUCGGAUAUGGUAGUUCGUAUCAUAUCAGAGUGUUGAUAUCAGUUUCCGUGAAUACGUCUUGCAAUUGGCAGUGUUCUGUUUUCCCGCAAGAUCAGAAAGCCAUGUUAAUAACUCGUGGACAGCCUAAAACGUUUCUUCUGAACACUAUUAACACUUUGGUGAUAUCGGCUGCCAUAUUGGAUUUCAAUUUUAAAAGUAUGAUAUGAAUUAGUCACCUUUAGAGUAGAUAAAUAAUUAAUUAAUUAAUUACCAUACAUAUUUCUCGCAUGACCAAGUAUGUCAAAAUCAUCAAUUAAAACAGCUUGCUUGAAUAAGUACUAGGCUAUACUUAGCGCGUAAUGUUCAUUGUAUUUCUGAAGAAUAAGAUAUGUUAGACAUAAAAUAUGAGCUAAGUAAACUGUAGGUGUAAAUGAGGCGUUGGCUGGGCAAAUUACUGGGGUGAGUGAAUGGGCCAAUAAAAUUAUACGUUAGAAGAAAUUAAAUUUCGAUUCGCAUAAUUAGCGUGAUUAAAUUGACCUUCCAAUUAUAAUUACCAUAAAUUUUUUAUCAGAAACAUAAAAAUAACCUAUUCUUUGUCUGUUUCUAAAAAAGUACUUGGCAGAUAUAAAGGUCCAUAGUAUCUAAAAAUACUUCCGAAGCACUAAAUAAUAGUUAUUAUCAAUUUAAACCGUCGCUUUACUUUAGUCAAGCUUUAUUUUUUACAUUAUGAGUCUACCAUAGACAUAAAAUGUAGAUAGGUAGGAGAACUUACGAAUUUUGUAUGGCUGAAAAAGUGUAUUUUUGCAGAAGGAACAUAUAAAAUCAAAGAAAAUCCAAUUAUACUGAAUACAAGUAUUAUUAUUUUAAUUAUAACUCGAUUACUCGUUCGUUCGUUUCAGAAAAAGCACUUUCAUAUCUACAGAAAAGUAGGUUAUGAUUACGUGACAUUAUAAACAUAAAUAAAUAUGUUUAGUCCUAGUAAUAAAACAUGCAUUUCACCCCCAAAAGUGUACCUACUAGUCUUUUGUGAAUCUAUUGCACUAUCACGAAUGUUAUAAAGGGAAGAUGUAAAAAUAUUGACACUUUAGGAAAUUUUAAUUAAAUUGUAAAUUAAAUUAGCCAAGUCAAAAGUUCGAUCGUGUUAGACGGACAUCGAGAAUGCUUUAAUGUAAAUCCCGACGAAGCCACAAAAUGGUAAUAUUUAUCUAUUUAUUCGCCAUUGAAUUCAUAUUGCAGCAUCGGAGCUUUGAUUGAAAAGCUGUUUUGAAACUGAAAAAAUAUGAUAAACACGUGUAAGCGGAAUUUCCUAUAGGGAGAAUUAAAUAUUAUUGGCUAUCAAACUAUAGUACAUUCAUUAUUAUCAGAUAUCAAACCAAUUUUUAAGAAAUAACGAAAAUUAAUGUAUGUUGUUGUUUGAUAAAUAUUAAUAAACCUAAAGUGUAAACCACACGUCUCACCGAUAUACUUAUUGAGUCUUAACACAAAAAAAAACAUUGGCUCAAAAGGUAAAAUUCACUAACAUGGCCUAAAAUACUUGUUAGUUUCAAUUCAUUAAUUUUAAUAUGACCAAGUUGUGUCUUCGAUCGAUGGAUAUAUUAAAUAACUAGGAUUAUUAGGCUUGUAUGAUUGUGAAAAUGUAAGAAAUGAUAUUUAUAUAUUUAAUUACUAAAUACAUUAUUAUUUUAACUAUUGUAUAGCGAGGCUUCCUCUUAGAGCUUUAUGGUGUGUGUUAAGUAUACGCGUUGAACAUACUCACUAUCGGUAUAAGGUUUAAUAUCUGUCGAGGUUCAAACAGUCGUUCUGGUCAAGAUAAUGUGUAUAUCGCGAGAUUCUUUUUCUAUGAAAUUUCUAUUUUUAAACAAAGUUGGUCAAUUUGCGUAGGUAAGGAAGAUAUAUUGCAUUUAAUACAUGGACAUUUGUUUUUAAAUAAUUUCUGAUUUUGUACAGCGUUGUGGUGCUAUUCUCAGCGGUGUUUAGGAAACAGUUUGUAUGUUAUACAGUAAAAAAAAUGCUCCGGUAAGGCACCUUGUUCCUAAUUUUUGUUCGAUAUAUUUUUUUGGUGCUGUGACCGAAUAAUUUUAUGAAUUAAUGGAGUUAAGUUUUAUUUAUUUCGGUUAACGCUAGUGGUGCCAAAAAUGCGAGGUGCCAAGUUAUUUAACUUUAGACCUUGUGGACAAAACGAUAAGAAACAAUGUUACUUCCAUGCCUGUUUUCUCUGUAGAGUUUGUGCAAUUAUUUUCUGAAUUUUAAGCGUUUGGUACAGGGAGAUCUGACGGACAGCUUUAUAUUAUAAUGAACACAGUUUAGACUUUUAUACGAAUAAUAAUUAAUAAAUACAUUUAAUAAAAUCCUUAAAACAGUUGAAUAAUGUAAAAACAAUUGAUAAAAUCAGAUUCUAGGUUCGACAGUGGACAUUUGAAAUUUGGAGCAAUAUAUUGUCGAAUCGAAUAAGACAUAAUAUCUAGUACUGUUGAGUCCAAUUCGUUUCCGAUUGAAGUCUGAUGGCGUUGAACCAAAGGUAUAUUUCCAAACUAAAUUGCAAUUCCAAAAACAUAUUCCAUCCAAGAACCGUCAGAUCUCCAGAAUGAAAGGGAAAGAAACAUACUGUCUCGCUCGCGGCUAGAGCGUAGGCGUAGGAUAGCGUAGUAAACGAAAGACUGGCUAAUGUAGGCGAACAUAAGAUUGUUGUUAUGUGAAGAGUGGCUCGCUCUGGUGACUCUUUGGCGGAACUACACUACAAAAAUAGAACAAAAUAAGGAAUCAGAUAGUGGUGCCAUCUAUAAUAUUGUUAAGGGCCAAAUGGCGCAAAUAAUUUCUCAUGAUUAACGUAAUAUUGCGUUUUGAUGUGAAGGAAUAAAAUUUCAAUAUAAAUGGUAAUGAUUUAGUUCAUCUUAAAGUGAAGUUAACGCCUAAGAGCCACCUCAGCAUAUAUCGGGAGGCAGGUAUCUAGCUUGUAACGUGUUGUAUCUUGUAAAUAUUCGCUUGUAGUAUGUAAUUAAUAUCCAAUACCAUGUAUUUUAAUAUAAAAACAAGAGUAUUUAGCCGCGUCUCCUGUACCCGACCCGCGUUCAUUAUUUAUUAUUCAUGGCCAUUUAUCUUAUUCACUUUACUUGUAAGGAGUAUUUGGACAAUUAAAACCAGGUAUAAUGAAAAGUUGUUAUCCCAAAGUUGCAACUAAAAGUGCCGCUAACUAAAAUCAUACUUUACCGGCAAGUAUGUAGUACCGACAUUUCAAAUUCGUAGAGCAGAAGUUGUUCAGAAUGAUAAGUUUCACCUCUUUUCGGAAUACGAUGCCAUUAUUUUAACACCACUCCCAAAUAUUCAUUCUUAGCACCUUUUAGUCUUAUUCCUUUUUACAAUUUUAAAGAUACUACAAACCAAUGUUUUAAAUAUCCAAAUAUUCCAUAUUCUGUUUUUUUACACUUAUUUUAUUACAUAAUAAUACCUAUAUGUUAAUUUUCAAGCAAUAAUUACUAAUAAUGUUGUUUAGCACAAAGUUAGAAUUCUGUUGAGAUUCUUCUUCAAACAUCCCGCAGCAGUUAUUAUUUCAUAGUAAUAGUAUGUAAUAGGCUACCUAAUACAUCAUUAUGUUCAUGAUAAAAAUCUGAAUGGACACGUGUUUAAAAUGCAAAUAGUGCUCUGUAAUACUAUCAGUUGUUUUAUUUGUAAAUAAUAAUCGAUAUUGAUAUUGAUUCCUGUGUUUCGUUUUGUUUCUAUCCAAAGAGGAUGUGUUCAUUUUAUUUCUUUUCAAUUUUAUGUUAUUUUUUAAUAAUUGAAUUGAUAUUUCAACGUUAUUAUUUAUUGAAUAUCCAGGCUUGCAUUUUCCACUCAGUUCUCUGUUAUAGUCGAAAGUAAGGCUGGUUUCAGUAAUAUGCUAUCAGUUAUACGCGAUUUGGCCACUGAACAUUUUACCUUAUGAAAUUAUAAUUUUAAUUUCUUCAACUGAAAUCAGUCAACACGAAGUUCCAUAAGUAUGAUUUAGCCAUUACUUAUAGUUAUUAUAUGAUAUGCUCAAAAUGACGUAUAACCCAAUGUAUAAUGGUCGAACGAUCGAGUGAUGUUUGCAUACUAUUCAAAAAUGAAAAUGUCAAUAAAAACGAUAUUUUAAACA